AUGGCUAAACUACAAAUUAAUGACGUAACCACCAGAUCUAUGAAAGUAAAAAUGCCCCUAUUUGACGGUACCACUAACUUCGAUGUAUUCAAGAUACAAUUUGGUGUUGUUGCAACGAAAAGUAUGUGGGAUGACGACGAUAAAGCUGUCGCCUUAAUAACUUCCUUAAGAGGAGCAGCCACGGAUAUCAUUGAGAUAAUCCCAGAAGGGAAAAGAACGGAAUUCGCUGCAAUUAUGGAUGCGUUGGAAAGGAAAUAUGGUAGCAAACAUUUGAAGGAGAUAAGCCACUUAGAGUUGUCUUUGCGCUGCCAGAAGCUGAACGAAAAGAUCCAAGAUUACGCUACCGAAAUCGAAAGCCUCGCCAAUCUUGCGUAUAUCGGUGUGCCCGAAGACGUGCUGGAAAUGUUAAAAAUCGACACCUUUGUUAGAGGACUUCGCGACGCGGAGAUUAAAGAAGCUGUACGAACCUCACCUAAAACGACGUUUACGGAAACACUUGGAUUCGCGCUUAGACAAGAGGAUAAUGUGCUGUGGAAGUCAAACAUGAAAGUGAGAGGCACGGAAGUUACCAGCGAGAACGCUAUCGCGGCGUUUCGACAAAUUCUGCGCGAAAAUAAGCGAAUGCCGGUUUCAAAAAUACGCAAGUGCUAUGUCUGCCAGAAACCUGGUCAUUUUGCACGGGAAUGCCGAUCAAAGCACAAAAACACACACUCCACGGAAUAUUAGUGGAGGUGCCAGCGAAAUACCCAACGAACAGGCGUUAAACUAAAAAGUUGACGCAGUGAAUG